GUUAACGCAGUCAACCAGCCACUUGCCAUUAUUGCGAACGACCCUCAGUUUGUAACGCCCUAUCCGCGCUUCGCCGCUGAUCCAGAUCUCAAGAGGCGAUCUCUAACAUGA